GCGUAGUGAUGACAAACGGUAUUGUUCGUUUUAGCCCAGAUUAGUAAGAAACAUUGGAAGUUCCGAGUACACGAUUGUCGAAGAUUGAGUCGUGCUUGAUUUAAUCCCAUACGUGUGGCUCUUUAUGUUAUAUUUGGCAUACAAAAUUAAUAGAAAACUUACUAAAGUUUGCCGAGGCCAAAAGCAGGUAGGCCUACUAUCCUGUACCGUCGUAUUCGGAUUUUGUCUUGUGUAACGCCCAUUUUUAUUGAGUGUGUAAACUGAUUCAACAUGAGUAAAAUUGACAAUGGAGAGUAUAUGCCUAUUGACACCGGAAGCUCUGCUUUUCUGAAGGAGAACGAAGAACUGCCUCUGCACACCAGAAGUAAAACACCAACUGAAGCUCAAUUAUAUGUUUCGAAUAGUGAACUACAACGUGAUAAUUCUCAAACAAGGCCAUCGACUGUGUCUCUGAAAAUGAAUCGAUCUGCCAGGCCCAACAGUAGCAGCAGCAAGAGUCUGUAUGGAAAUACGCUUGCAGGCGGGCACCUCGAUGCAGCGGCCGAGUUGGAACUUCAAAAAUUGCAGGCUGACACAUCAAUUGAAGCACGGUCGCUUAGAGCUAAGAUUGUCAAAGGAUUACCAACAACCAUUGAAACAAAGAGAGAAAUCAGGCGUAAAUAUGGCGCUACUACUGUUGUGGCUUCUACCGGGUUUAAAGCAUGGCGGUUUGAAAUGGCCAGAAAAGGAAAGCGUACAAAACAAAAAUUGUCUGACUUUUUACUGUGGUUUGAAGUGUGGAGAUCAUCUAUCAAAGAAGUCGAAGGCAAGUUCGGCACAGCUGUUGUCUCCUACUUCGUGUUUCUCAAGUGGAUGAUGUUUCUCAACAUCUACAUCUUCCUCCUCAUGUUUUUGUUUGUUGUCAUCCCUCAAGUCGCCUUGAAUACUAGUAGUAACAAGGUUGAUAAUGCAACUUGUGUGGUAUCUUACGAAAAUACCAUUUCUAAUGUUACCGGAAUACAAUUGCUUCUUGAUUUCUUUGAAGGAACAGGUUGGAUGGAGAAGACUGCACUGUUCUACGGUUUCUACGUGCCAUCCACACUAGCUAUUACAUUCACUGCUCAUACGUACAACUUGCCGCUAGCCUACAUACUAGUGUCCAUCAGCUACUUUGUGCUUAGCCUAUUGCUGAUGGUUCGAUACACUGGUAGAGGCUUCAAGGAAAAUUUAGCCAAUCAGGAAGACCGUUACUACAAGUAUUGCAACAAAGUGUUUGGCAGUUGGGAUUGCUCAUUGAAUGACACAAACAAUGCUUACCUUAAGCACAGUAGCAUCCACUAUGACCUUACCAGUGUCCUUGAGGAAGAGCGAUUGAUCCUCAAGCGCCAGUCAAGAACCAUUGGCAAGAAAAUUGGUCUGGUCAUUGUUCGUUUCAUCGUCAACUUCUUUGUGCUGGUGAUUUUAGGAGGUGCUGGCUAUCUCAUCUAUUUUACAUCCGAGUUGGCUGUCCUGAAUGAGAAUGAGUCUGCAGUGACCAGCAACAGCUUUGCAUCAUUACUCAUCAGCUACCUGCCUUCCAUUGUCAUCACCUUGCUCAACGCUAUUAUUCCCAUGAUCUUCAAUGUUCUCGUUCGCUUUGAGGAGUACAGCCCACAAUUUGAGAUCAACCUUACUCUAUCAAGAACUGUGUUGUUGCGUCUGGCUUCAUUGGCUGUGCUUAUUGCUUCAUACUACCCUCAAAUUAUUUGUGAAGACAACGAAAAAGAUGAUACCUGCUCGUUUUGCUCAAGCAGUGGAUUAAGAUGCUGGGAGACGUAUAUUGGCCAGCAGUUUUACAAACUGUGUAUUACUGAUUUUGUUGCUGUUGUUGGAGUAGUCGUGUUUUGGGAGUUUCCAAGAAAACUGGCAGCAAAAUACUUCCAUUUUGGUUUAGCCAAAGCACUUGGUCAGAUGGAAUUUGAAAUUCCAAAGAAUGUACUCGCUAUUGUGUACUCCCAGGCUAUUUGUUGGGUUGGUUCGUUUUAUUCUCCUCUCCUUCCCUCCAUCUGUCUUCUCAAAUGCAUCAUCUUUUUCUACCUGAAGAAAUGGAGUUUAUUGUACAACAUGAUCCCAUCGAAUCGUCCGUACCGUGCCUCUCGUUCGGGCAAUUUUUUCAUGGUAAUACUGCUGAUAACUUUUAUGCUGUGCGUGAUUCCUGUCGGUUACUCGAUGGUCAAGGUGCUGCCCUCUAGAGGAUGUGGUCCAUUUCGUGACCUUGAUUCGAUGUGGGAUUCUUUAGUGAAUACCGUGGAUGGUUGGCCGUUGGUUGUCCGGAAGGUAACGCAAUUCAUCGGCUCGGUAGCGUUCAUCGUUCCUUUUACUAUUGUCUUAUGUUUGAUUUUAUAUUAUUACCAUGCAAUAGCAUCCGCUCACAGGGAGAUGAUUGUCCUUUUGAAAGACCAGCUUAUCAUGGAAGGACGAGACAAACAUUUUCUGUUAAUGAGACUCAACAAGCUUGACCCAGGCAUCAAGGGAGGUCACCGUAAGGCACAACAAGAAAAGCAAGACAAGAUUGCAGCCCGUCAUAGAACGCCGCCUAAAUCGCCAUCCGGUGCUUGGGAGAAAGGUGGUCCUGAUAAUGAGCUUAGCAGUCAUCCCAACAUACCUAAUGCUUAGGCUACAAAUGCCAAACAGCAGAACCUGGCCACAUGUAUGUCAUUCCUGUGGCGCAUUUAAGGAGUACAUGGGUGGAGAUAACUCCCCAAAACAAAUAUUUGUACCCUUAAUAGUCAACCCCCAUUGAAACUGUUCGAAGCCAGUUAAAAAAUUAACCUCAAAUCAUCUUAUUUUUUGAGCCAGCUCACCCAAUCAUCGAGCACCAUACGCCACUAUGCCUUUCUGAAGGCAUGAUCAGACUGCACUGAUGCCUAACCAAGGGGUUGGCAAGGGUCCUAUUCUUUUUGUUCUUUAACACUGCUACUUUAAUAUCCUGACAAGGUUGAUGUUGGUGCCUAGGAAAAUGAGACCCUGAAUCACAACUUCUGCAUCAAUCUCUCGAAUAUGAAAAGAUUGAUAGAUUUUUAAAAUGUUUUCCAUUAUUCUAAAAAAUAUUUAUUAUGACUGUUUUGAACAAUGCUUUUCGAAUUUCACUUCAUUUUUAAAAACACUCGAAAUUAUCUGUCUUCCUGUAAUUUUCCUAAUUUAAAUAGAAAGUAGAUUUUUGUGUAGCACAAAAACAUUUUUUUUUUCAUUUCUGCUAAAUUUAGAACACAUAUUAUAGCACUUUUAAAAAGUACCACCGUAUAUGAACAUUGUGCAAUGUUUUUCAGGGACUUUUUUUGUCAGGUUAUAGUUUUUUUUAAACAUAGUUUACUUUUAAUAUCUUGGACUAGUUUUUUACAAUAGUUGAGUUGCAUUUUGCUUUUGAUAUACAUUUUACAUUUGUUUUGUUCUACAAUUAAGAAUUGAUAUAUUUCUGUUUUAGUGAUGAGUUUUGCUCAUUCUUAAUUUAUAGUGAAAUAAAUGUACUUAUUUAUUUUUUUCAACAGUCUUUCAUAUUUUCCAUACAAUUUAUUUACAAGUUACUUAAGAUUUCUUAUCUGUAAACUGUAACAUCCCUUUCAUUUGUUGUAUUUGUGAGUAGCUGGUCUAGUAAUAUUGUACACAAAUGGUCACAGCUCAAUAAAAGAUUCUCGUUUUUUAGUUUUGUAAACACAUUAGAGUCUCUAACACAAUCAAACACAAUGUCUAACACAAUCAACGUAGAUUUUGGAAGCUUGAAUUGGUUGUCAAUCACUUUGUAUUUUAUACCACACAAAAAGUCUGCAACAACAAAUUUUCUUUGGAAAAAAAAAAAUGUAUGGCCCAAUAUAGUCAGGAUUUGUCUAUAUAUGGUCAUGACGUGAUGUCAUCAUGGCCAUAUGUUUUUGUAAAAUAAAAUUUGAUAGUCAAGACAGCCCUUAAAUCAAGGUCACUAUAAUGUACAUGGUUUAUCAAAACUGAAAAAUAAUCAAUCGUCUUGAAAUCAAAUUAGUUUUUUACAGUUUUGGAAAAUUUUGUUCUCAAUGUGUACAACAUGCCUGUCCACAUGAAAUUAAUAUCUAAUACUCAUAAUAUAGUAUGUACUUAAAUGUACAACAAUUAAUUAAAUACUAUAUCACUUUU